GAACGCAAGAGUCUACGUUGUUUCCCGCCCGACGCUAGACGCGCUGCCUGUCCAUUUUUUCGCCUCGAGGGGUCCACACACACACACACAAAUUUCGGUUUUGGGGAGGUUUUAGAGUAGGCGGGGGCCCGAAGAAAGAAGGGGGAGAGAAUAGAAGAAGUGAAAAAGGAGAGAGAGAGAGAGAGAGGAAGAGAGGAGAAAAAAAAAGGAGAAGCUUAUUUGACCACCAGCGCCCGCCCCAGUUCUUUUAACAGAGAGCGCCCGUAGGGACACACCGUAUGGACGACCGACGUCGACGACUUUUGUGAAAAGAAAGAAAAUAAUAAAAAAAAAUAUUCUAGCCCAUUUUUAUAUAUAUGUAUAUAGGGGGAGAGUAGAGAAAAACGGAAGAGAGGGGUGUACAUUUUAUCCCUUCCCUUUUUUUUCUGCACACAAUUUUACGUGCGGACCGUGUAAUAAAAACCUUGAAUUGCUCCAUUCUCUCCCCCUCUUUCGUCUUCUUAACAGUGCUGCUGGCCCCCUUUUUUCCACACAUAACGCUUUCUCGUGAGACUCUGAAAAACCGGUGGUGGUUCUAGUCGGGGGGCACUGUGUGGCGAGUGAGAGGAACUUUUUGGCGUUUCUUUUUUUUUUAAUUUCUCCCUCCGACGACGACGACUGUUGUGUGUGUCUUUUUUCGUGCGUGAGUGUGUGUAAGGUUAUAUUACUCUUUUUUCGAGGGGAGACUACUGUACAAAGGUAUGGCAGAUGGAGGGGAAGAGGCUGCUGCACGAGUCAGCAGUCCAGAACACCUGGAGGAGUAUCACCGCUUGAUAGAACUGGGACUGGACAGAAGAGUAGCCGGAAAGCUGGAGGAAAUUUACAGAACAGGUAAAUUGGUCCACAGCGAACUGGAUGACCGAGCCUUAGAUGCAUUGAAAGAAUUUCCUGUAGACGGUGCCCAAUCAGUGUUGCAGCAGUUUCUAGAAUCAAACCUAGAACAUGUCUCAAACAAGUCUGCCUUUCUUUGUGGUAUAAUGAAAACCUACAGGCAAAAAGUCAGAGCCCUAGGCUCAGCGACUGCCAGUGCUGGACUUGGCACAGCCAGUGGGACCAGUGCUGUGGAUACGUCUUUCGACUUAAAGCCUCUAGGAAAGGGACCAGAUGAGGAGAAAAUCAAAGCAAUCCUUGACAGGACUGGCUACAAGCUGGAUGUCACCACAGGGCAGAGGAAGUAUGGAGGACCACCACCCAACUGGGCAGAUCCACCUCCACCCAACGGCUGUGAGGUCUUUUGUGGCAAAAUUCCUCGAGACGUCUACGAAGAUGAACUGAUCCCGUUAUUUGAAAAAUGCGGGACGAUCUGGGAUCUUCGGCUGAUGAUGGACCCCCUGACAAACCUCAACCGUGGAUAUGCCUUCGUUACUUUCACUACAACUGAAGCAGCUCAAGAAGCCGUGAAUCAGCUCAAUGGUUGUGAGAUCCGCAAAGGCCGGAAGGUGGGCGUGACCAUCUCGCACAACAACCACCGGCUCUUCGUGGGCAACAUCCCCAAGAACAGGGACGGGCACCAGCUCUACCAGGACUUUGACAAGUUUGCACCUGGCCUAGCGGAGGUAAUCAUUUACAGUUCUCCGGAUGACCGCCGGAAAAAUCGCGGUUUCUGCUUCUUGGAGUACGAUUCGCACAAGUCGGCAUCUUUGGCCAAACGACGUCUGAGUACCGGCCGAGUGAAGAUUUUUGGAUGCGACAUCAUCGUAGACUGGGCCGAUCCGCAAGAGGAGCCGGAUAACGACACAAUGUCCAGGGUCAAGGUGCUCUAUGUGCGUAAUCUUACGCAGGAGUUUACUGAAGAAAAAUUGAAGGAGGCCUUCGAGGCCCAUGGACCUAUUCAGCGCGUCAAGAAGAUCAAGGACUACGCCUUCGUGCACUUCGAAGAAAGGGACGAUGCUGUCCAAGCGAUGGAAGCCCUCAACGGUCACACACUCUACGGAGCAAACUUGGAAGUGUCGCUGGCCAAACCGCCGUCGGAUCGCAAGAAGAAGGAGGAGAUACUCAAGGCCCGAGAGCGCCGGUUGCUCCAGCAACAGUUUGUCCAACGUGGUGGUCCUGGUAGCGGUUUAGUUCCAGUCGUACCGCCUGCCUUACGCGGUGCUCGGCCGCCCAUUCGCGCCGGUGGAGGUUCCGUCCCUUCUCAAGCUGCCGCCGCUUCCGGCGCCCUGGCAUACGGUCGAGAUUUUGAUUUUGAAUACGGUUACGGAGCAUAUCGAGGUCCCUACCCCGAUCCGUAUUACAAUGGAUAUUUCCCUUACACUGGAGGUGACUAUUACUACGACUAUCCAGCUCGUGGCGGAAGAGGAAGGCCGGCUGCAGGCGCACCCCGUGGAGGUCGUGGCAGGGGUGGUGGCCAUCGCGGUGCUGGAAGUGGAGGUAGUGAGCAGAGAACGUCUAGCCCCGCUGGCGGGACAAGUUCGAGAUGGAGAGGCUCUUCUGCUGGUGGUAGUGGUGGUGGAUCUGAAGGAGCAACGGCGAUAUACUCGAGAGGCGGAGGUGGAAGCCGUGGCGGAUGGAGAGGAGCGCGUGGAGGAACGUCUUCCGGUCGGCCUCAUCCCAGGUCCGGCCAACCUAAAAACUCUGCCCGAGAAGAAGGCCCCGGCGGAGGGGAUGGAUCGCGUCAAAUGGACGAAUCUUCAAGAGGAUUCGGAGCAGGAGCUUUGAACAGCAGAGCAGGAGCAGGAGGUGGAGACGAUUCAGUUGCCAUGGGAACGUGGCGUGCGGAUGCUCAACAGGGCGGGGCUAGCGGCGCCGAGGAUGCCGUUUGGUACCAGGAAUCCUACGGCACUCAGUGGAGCUAAUUCGAGCUCCCUCUUUUUUUACUUUGCAUCAUCGACUCCCGGUCUGGGUACGAAGAGCCAAGAAAAAGAAGCCCGCGGCCGUUUACAACCCCCCUCCCCUGUCUAUCUCUUAACAGCCACCACCUCCCAAAAGCAACACAACAACAACACUGCCCGACCACUCCGUUCACCCCCUUCUCCACUCUACUCUGCUCUCUCUCUCUCCCUCCACUUUCUCCUUAUAUUUUUUGAAUUUUUCUUGUUUGAAGGUUAAAAACUCUCGCUGUGAUGCCGUCGAGGCUCCAUUCGAUAUGCUCAGACGUCGUUUGUUUGUUUGUUUGGGGUUUGAUCUUUUGUUUGUUUUCUUUUUUUCCUUUUUCCAUUGGGUUCAUCUUCACAGUCUUUCAUCUUCGGCCCAGCUUUUAAAGAAUCGAAACGAAACAAAAGGAAGAAGAAGAAGAGUUAGGAGUAGUGGGUAUUAUUAGGAUACAGCACACACACACACACAUAUAGACAUGUCGUUGUUGUAGAGUUUUUUUCCCUGUACCGAGAGAGUGUCCCACUACUUUCAAAUGUAUUCCCCCUCCCCAACAAACUCGACAACAAGAAGAAAAACGAACGUAGAUUGCGCAACUUGCGACCGAUUCUUUUCGGAAAAUUCUCCCCCCCCCCCCAUCCGCCCUCCCUCCUGUUUCUCUUUAUCUCUCCCUCCUUUUUGAUUGUUAAAGUUUUGUUUUUUGGCAUUUCGCGGAAGGAUCGUCCCUCUUUGAUCUCUCAGCUGUGAGCUAAGGCGGGCAUGGCCAAGCCCUCUGCCCGGUCGGACGGGAAAAGAAAAUUCUUUUAGGAAAGGAGAAAAAUUAAUUUUUUUUGGAAAUUUAAGCACAGAAAAAAAAAAGAGAUAAGACAACGACAGUACAAAAAACUGCUUGGGCACGCCACUAUACCACCAUUAUUGCCACCCUCUCUAUCCCCCCCCCUCUGCAACCCCUCACCCCCAUAAUGCAUCUGUAUUAACCCUUUUUCCACUCUCAUAUGUCCGUCUUCUUCAAUUCCCUUCUCUUCUUCAUUUCUUCUCUCCCUCGCUUUAUCUUUUUCCUCUGGAGUCUCUCUACACCACCAGGUGGUUUUCAGGGAGAUUGCGUCAGGGACAAGUAAAGGGAGGGAUAAAAAAAAAAUAUUGUUGACACAAUACCCAUCCAGGCUGAGUGAUUCGUAUUGAAACUAUUUUUCUCCCGGUUAAAAAUAACAAAGGAAAAAGAGACAUUAUUUAGUAAAAAACAGAAACAAGACACACAGUUGUAGCCUCCAAGUAGACCAAUGUUUCCGGUAGUCUGUAGCAAAUAUUUCUUUUUUUGGAUUUUUGUUUUGAAUUUGCGAAACAAAAAAGAAAGCAAAAAACCCCCCAUUUUGUCGUUCUUCGUUCAUGAACGGGGCCAGUGGCACAAAGUGCGCAGUUUUUUUUCUCUUUAUUAGAUUUUCCCUCCCCAUCUCCCCCCUCAAAGUAAAUUCUUAACAAAACUACUACAACUUUAUUAUUCACUUUUUGCACGCAUUUAAAAUAUUUCCGACUAUGAGAAUUCUCUUAAUUCUGCUACACCCUUCAGUUUAUCUUGUCCCCACAAUAUUUCGUUAUUAAAAGUAAAAUCCACAACGCAACCCUUUAUUUUGCAAGCAACCGACUGGGCAUUUAAAAUUCGUUAAACCUUUUUUUUCAUUUAUUUUUUUUCCCCUGGCUCAUUCAUCUCGAGAUGAAAAUGUGUUAUGUAAUGAUGGGAAAACUGCGGCCCCUCCCUCUCUCUAUCCAUCUUUUUCUCUAAUUGAUCAUUCAGUUUGUCCUUCCACUUUUUUUUUUAUUAUUAUUAUUAUGGAUGCGCUUUUUUUCUCGUCUUUUGUUUUUUGUUGUUUGUCAUAGUCUUUCGUCUCCGAUUUGAGUAGCGGUACAUUUAAAGAAAAGAGGUUCAAUUGAAAUUGACAAGAGACGAGACAUUAUUUGAGACAACUCCUCCGCCUUGCGUGUAUGUUUCCCUACCCCCCGUGUGUGUUUUCUUUGUUGGUCGUUAAUUCCUCCACCCCUUUUCUAUCAAUAGUUUUUUUUUUCUCUUUAUUUUCGGUCUCGGAUUCACUUAAGUGAAAGUGGAGAGUGACCCUCUCCUGGCAAAAUUAUCUAUCCACUCCCCCCUAAAUGUGUUUUUCUUUUCAUUUCCUUCCCCAUUUAUUUGAUUGAAUUCUCUUUUUUCCCUUCUUCCUGCCAAUGUGUAUGUGUUCUGCAAUUGUUUUUCAACUCUCUUUUUUUUUGAUCCAACUGAAUGUGUGGAUGCUAAAUGGAAAGAUACCCCAGUGCUCUUCAUCCGCCACCAUUUCAAACUCCCGUUAUAGUAAUAUUAAAAAAAGGAAAAAAUUCAAUUUAAUCCCCGGGCCUUUUUUUUUUCUUGAAAAAUUAAAAACAAUAAGAUAUUUUUUUGUUCCGUCACGUUUGACGUGUAUUGCGGAAGAAAACCUAAAAAUUGUUUACUUUUUUUUUAUUUUUUUUUCUCUUGAUGCGACGUGUUCAACUUUUUUUUUUGUCUUCUCUCUGCUGUGUAUAAAAUAAUCAUAAUGUGCGGAAUUGGUCCGGUGAAAGUUCCCCCCUCCCCCGCGUGUUUUUCUCUUCUCGGAGAUGAAAAAAAAAAGUUUGAUUCGGAGCGCAAUUUUCCCCAAAUCGUAUUCCCCAACCACACCCAUUUAUCUUUAUGUCUUUGGUUUAUUACACUAAAAAAAAAUUCCCCUUACCUGUAUUUUAUUUUGUUUAUUUUUUUUUAUUCAUCCCCUCCAAAUUGUCCGCCCUGAUAAUUUGUGUUACAUCAUCACUUUUUUGUGUUUAGCUUAUUAUAUAACUUUGAAAACAAAAACAAGAAAAUGAUGGAAGACGACAAAACACGACACGUUUACAAAUAGCUAGUUUGAUUGAAUUUGCCCCCCAAUUUUCUGAUUUUGUAUGCGAGAAUGCAAGUAAAACCGAAAUUAACUUGAGAGAUGUUGAAUCGCAUUUUGUCUGGCCCAUAAUAAUUGAUGCAUCUCGUCCUUCAUCAAUGCAACAAUUACGUGAUGCUGUUUGUCCGCUGAUGGAUCUGUCAAACCGUCGAAUUCUUUUAUUUUCUACCGAGGGUGCUGAACGAAAAUGCUAAAAUGCUCCCAUCUCGUUUGAAUAUUUGACCGUUGAAAAUACAACAUGCAAGAGAGAAAGUACAGUUGA